AUGCAUUUUCUAAAUAUAUUUAUCUUGCUUUUCUUUUUCAAGGAAUUAGUUGAACAACGAGAAAAGUUAGAAAAUAUUGAAAGACGUUGUGAUGGUAUUGAUGCGAAUCUUGUUAAUGCCCAGCAAAAUUUGAAUAAACUAAAUUCAAUAUUUGGUGGUAUUAAAAAUAUAUUUCAUCCACCAAAAAGUUCAUUUCCAAAAUCCGCGUCCCAACCACAAUUAAGUAAUUCAGCCAAAAAGAAAACAGCCACAGUACAGCAAGCUGCAGCAACGGCUGUAACAACACGACCAACAAAUCUCAACCAUGAUACUGAUACUUAUUUUGGAAAGCCACGUAGUAAUAUGGAUGAUAUGGAACGUGAAACUGAAGAUGGACUUCAUGAUAUACAUCAAGGUGUUAAUCGUCUUAAAUUACUUGCUUUAGAAAUGAACGCAGAACUUGAAAGUCAAAAACCUUUAACAGAACGUCUUGGUACAAAAAUCGAUGUACUUAAUGAUAAUGUGAACAAAAAGAAUAAAGAUAUGAAAUCAAUUUUGUUACGUUAA